AUGACCACUGACACGCUAUCCGACACGCCCACUGCUGCUGCAAAAUUCAAAACGGCAAAUGGGGAUGUUGGAGGGAAUAUAGGGGUCCAGGGAAGAGAAGAAGAAGGUCCGAUCACACCUCUGGCUCUGUUAGGAAAACAUGCUAAAUCUUCUUCUUAUCCCAACACCGAGUCGCCAUCGCAAGGGGAGACCAAACGUUACAGUAUGUUGGAGAGGGGUGAGGCGGGAGUUAAUGGCUCAAAGGGAGAUGAUGAUGUAGCAGCAGAAGUGACCCCGAGACCUGGAGUGGUGAGGGCGAGAAGUAGGAGAAGUCCAAAAAGUCCUUUGUUGGAUGAUGAAGAUCCAGGGGAUUUUGAGCCUGGUGAAGGAUGGGCGGUUGUGACUCAGGGUCGGGAGUAGGCGAGGUGUGUAUCUUGUACAUUGACGAACUCAUGAUGAUAUGCCAUGAUUCUUUUUG